CUAGCGCUGCCCCAUCAGAACUUCAUGAUCCCCCAGAAGGCGAUCAACAUGGUUCCCGACAUGGCCAAGUGGAAACGCUCUCAGGCUUAUGCAGACUACAUAGGCUUCAUUCUCACGCUGAACGAAGGUGUCAAAGGCAAGAAACUGACCUGCGAGUACAAGGUUUCUGAGGCCAUAGAGAAGCUGGUCGCUCUCCUGGACACGCUCGACAGGUGGAUCGACGAGACCCCACCAAUGGACCAACCCUCUCGUUUCGGGAACAAGGCCUUUCGGACUUGGUACGCCAAACUAGACCAGGAAGCAGAAAACCUGGUAGCCACAGUGAUCCCCAGACAGCUGGCGGAAGCGGUGCCAGAGGUGGCUGUCUACCUAAAGGAAGCUGUCGGUAACUCCACCCGCAUUGACUACGGCACAGGUCAUGAAGCUGCCUUUGCUGCUUUCUUGUGCUGCCUCUGCAAAAUCGGCGUGCUUCGAGUGGACGACCAACUGGCCAUCGUCUUCAAAGUGUUCAACAGGUACUUGGAAGUUAUGCGGAAACUCCAAAAAACCUACAGGAUGGAACCAGCCGGCAGCCAAGGAGUCUGGGGUCUGGAUGACUUCCAAUUCCUCCCUUUCAUCUGGGGCAGUUCACAACUGAUAGAUCACCCAAACUUGGAGCCAAGGCACUUUGUCGAUGAAAAGGUGGUGAAUGAAAACCAUAAGGACUACAUGUUUCUGGAGUGUAUCCUGUUCAUUACAGAGAUGAAGACAGGCCCAUUCGCUGAACACUCCAACCAGCUGUGGAACAUCAGCGCAGUCCCUUCCUGGUCCAAAGUCAACCAGGGCCUCAUCCGCAUGUAUAAAGCUGAGUGCCUGGAGAAGUUUCCUGUGAUCCAGCACUUCAAAUUUGGCAGCCUACUUCCCAUCCAGCCCGUCACAUCUUAAAGAGGUCGUUUUUGAGACAAGGCGCUGGAGGAAGCAGGGCGCAGUCAGCACUCUUCU